AUGGUAUUUGCAAAAAUUGAAAAAGAAACAUCUCCACCAGUUAAUCGUCAAUCUAAAUCCUCUCCUGAUAUAUUAUCAACAAAAUCAACAGAGAAUGAAACAACAUCAAGAAGGAACGUUUUGGUAACCCCAGAGAUACCACACGAUCAUCCUUAUGUCAUAGUACCUGUCAUAUUGGUCUGUUUAUCAUUGUUCGUCAUUGGAGUUGGUAUAUUUUUAUACCGGCGUUAUAGGAAAUCGAUGAAAAAAGCAAAGAGACAGUUUUUAGAUCACCGUGAAUAUUCCACUGUAGAUGAAUCCCAGAUAACCAAUACUUCUAAUGACAGCCCUGUCGGACCAACGACCGAUAACUAUUUUGUGUUAGAGAGAGAAAUGGGAUUGAAUAGUACACCAAUACCAAACAAGGAUACUCAACUAAACAUUCAACAAACGACAUCAAGUAAUUACUUUGCAUUAGAACACAAUGAUGUACUUAAUACUUAUGAGACAGUUGAAGACGAUAAUCGAAUGGAUCACCGUUACGGUAACAAUCAAGUGAUUGAUGGUGUUUAUAACACAUUACACGCAACCGAGGAUCUACACACCGAUUCAACAGAUAACUACAGUCAUUUCAAUGACUUUAAUCAAGAAUACAAUCACUUAAUUAGAUAGAUAGGAUACGUUGAAAAAGGCGACUGUCUUUUGUAAUCACAAACAUGUCUCAAAACCUCUGUAUUAUCUAGCGUGAAACAAAAAGGUCAGGAGAUAACGAUAUCUAAUAGACAUGCAUUCCAUGUAUUUUUGAAGAUGCAAAGGUAUAUAUAUGAAAAAAAUUAGUGUAUCUUUUUUUAUCAGGCGUUAUAUAAGUGGAUCUGUUAAUCACAUCUUGCAUA